GCUGCUGGACUAGAAGGGUUGGUAUCGUGGGAUGCUGUAAGGCGACGGCGGCAUGGAGGGAGCCAAGGACAACAAGCUGCUGUCCAUGCACCGCCUGAGCCCCACGCCCUUCUCCUCAGACGAGGGCGCAGAGAGUGGGGACGACAGUGAAGAGGACAUCGUCACCAACUACCUGCCGGGGUCGGCGGGGGCGCCUCUGGUGGGCAGGGAGGGGCCAGCCACGUCCUCUCAUCACCACCACCACCACCAUCACCACCAGCUUCUGCUGUUCAAUCAGCAGCAACAACCACAGCCACAUCAGCAGCAGGCACAGCAGAAGCCUAAGCCACAACUCACGAUGCAGCACCAGCAGCAGCACCAUCACCACCAGCAGCAGCAACAGCCCAUGGUGGCCAGCGUGUUGCCCAUCCACGCCCACGCCCAUGGCCCGCCGCGCCGCCUCGUGCGCAUGGCGGAGAUCCCCACCAUGGACUCUAUCACGGCGGAGAGCCUGGGCAUGGGCGUGAGUGUGGGGCCCGCGGACGCCUUCAUUCCGCCCAUCCCCACCAUCAGCAUCACGCCGCACUCGCCCAUCGCCCACAAGCCCUUCACGGUGCUCGACGAGAACAUCCGCCAGCUGCAGGGCAUCCAGGCGACGAUUCAGCGGAUGAGGGAGACCAACUUGACAGUGAAGGUGAGUGUUGCUUUGUCCGGCUUGGUGCGGGCGGCUGUCACGUGCUCCGGGGGGCCACUGACGUGUCGAGGUGUCUUGGUGAAGUCCGCUUUCUGCUUGCACCCCCUCCAGGAAAGUUGUGACGUGUGCUUCUGUCUUUAAAAGGAC